AUGGUGAGACAAACCAGAACUGAAGCUGCGGACGCAACCAGGUUCCCUCACAUGUUAACAAUGGCGGCUAUGGUGGCGGCACUGAACUUGACAGAUGGUGAGGCGGCGAGCAAUCUUGCUCACGACCAUGCACAGGUGGUUCCUAUCUCAAUCUUCGCCGCUGUUCUCUGCCUCUGUUUGCUAUUUGGUCACUUGUUCGAAGGAAAUCGAUGGCUUAAUGAAUCCAUUGUCGCCAUUGUAGUGGGAUGCAUUGCUGGAAUUAUACUCUUACUACUUACAAAGGGGAAGAGUUCUCACAUCCUUAUAUUUGAUGAAGAAUUUUUCUUCUUAUAUCUCCUUCCUCCCAUAAUAUUCAAUGCAGGAUUUCAGGUGAAGAAGAAACAGUUCUUUCAUAACUUUCUAAUCAUCAUGUUAUUUGGGGUGAUUGGUGUUUUCAUUUCAUCUUUAAUUAUCACAACCGGCAGCUGGUGGAUAUUCCCCAAGUUGAACUUCCUUGGCUUGACUGUGAGAGAUUAUCUUGCUAUAGGAGUGAUUUUCUCAUCCACCGACACAGUUUGCACGCUACAGGUUCUCCAUCAAGAUGAAACACCUUUACUAUACAGCAUAGUCUUUGGGGAAGGAGUGGUAAAUGAUGCAACAUCAGUUGUUCUCUUCAAUGCAGUGCAAAAGAUUGAUGUUUCAAAGCUUAAUGGAAAGACGUUCGGCGUUCUUGGAAAUUUCUUGUAUCUAUUCUCAGCAAGCACUUGCCUUGGAGUUGUAGUGAGUUCCAGUGAUGAACAUUGCAUGCAGAUAUUUUUAUGUUUUUUACUGAUAAUUACAAAAAAUACUAGCUUCUUCUCACUUUCUAUGCUGCUUGCAGAAAUUUGUAUAAGAAAUGAUACAAAUCCUUUAAAUCAGGAUAGAAGAGAAAUUAAGGUGAUAAAUUGGAUUUCUAAAUGGUCUUUCAGGGAGAAAAUUAUUAAGGCUGGACUUCUCACAUCAUAUCUCUUGAAAGCCUUAAGCUUUGGAAGACAUUCAAGUGUUCGUGAAGUUGCAUUGAUGGUGUUAAUGGCAUACCUAUCCUACAUGUUGGCAGAGCUACUCGAGCUAAGCGGAAUCCUUACUGUUUUCUUUUGUGGAAUAUUUAUGUCACAUUAUGCAUGGCAUAAUGUUACCGAAACUUCACGAAUCACAACGAGAUAUGUGUUUGCAGCAAUGUCGUUUAUCGCAGAAACCUUCAUAUUUCUGUAUGUGGGCAUGGAUGCACUUGACUUGGCGAAGUGGAAGAUGACAGAAUUGAGUUUUGGAAAUUUGAUGGGAAUUUACAGCAGCUUAAUCUUUUUGAUAUUGCUUGGACGCGCCGCAUUUGUUUUCCCUCUCUCUGCGUUUUACAAUUAUAUGAAUAGGCGUUCCGAACAAACACCAAGUAUCACAUUCCAACAUCAGAUAAUCAUUUGGUGGGCUGGUCUAAUGAGGGGAGCAGUCUCCAUUGCUCUGGCUUUCAAACAGUUCACGUAUUCUGGGGUUACUUCUGAUCCAGUUAAUGCAACAAUGAUUACCAACACUAUUAUCGUUGUCCUUUUCAGCACGCUGGGGUUUGGUUUUCUCACAAAGCCACUGAUUAGAUAUCUGCUUCCCCACACUACCACAAGGAGAAACAUCAGCCGCGAAGAAUCCGGUCCACCCGUUGUGGAUUUAAACCUACCUUUGCUAUCCUUUGAAGAGUCGACAGCAACCAACAUCAGCCGCGCAAAGGAGAGUUUGUCCAUGUUAAUAGAAAGCCCUGUGUACACCAUACAUUACUAUUGGAGGAGGUUUGAUGAUUCCUACAUGAGACCGAUAUUCGGGGGACCGCGUCGUAACAACUCAGUUUGCUAG